AUGAUUCGGACCACCUACAACCCUCGGGACCGCCAGGUGGAACCCGGGUGGGCCAAGCCCUCAGGGGUGGGUGCAGCCUGCUUGCCACUUGCCCCUGCAUGGCCCGCAGCAGCAAUUCCUCCAUGGGUCACAGUGUCGGAAGCCUCAUGUGCUUAUGUGUUGAUCGUGACCGCCGUGUACUGGGUGUCCGAGGCGGUGCCUCUUGGAGCUGCAGCCCUGGUGCCUGCCUUCCUCUACCCGUUCUUCGGAGUCCUGCGAUCCAGCGAGGUGGCGGGCGAGUACUUCAAGAACACCACGCUGCUGCUGGUGGGCGUCAUCUGCGUGGCGGCGGCCGUGGAGAAGCGGAACCUGCACAAGCGCAUUGCUCUGCGCAUGGUCCUCAUGGCUGGAGCCAAGCCGGGCAUGCUGCUGCUCUGCUUCAUGUGCUGCACCACGCUGCUGUCCAUGUGGCUCUCCAACACGUCCACCACUGCCAUGGUCAUGCCCAUCGUGGAGGCCGUGCUGCAGGAGCUGGUCAGUGCCGAGGAGGAGCAGCUCGCGGCCGGCACCUCCAGCGCCGAAGAGGCCGAGCCCAUCAAUCUCGAUGUAAACAACAGCCAACCUCCCCUGGAACUCAUCUUCGUCAAUGAAGACACGUCAAAUGCAGACUUCAGUUCCCUGAUGCAGAACAAGAAGCUGAAUGGUGUGCCCACAGUCACCAGUUCUGCCAAAACAGCAAACCUCCCAGGCAGGGAGCAGCACCCACCCCAGGCAAAGCCACCAGUCCUGACCCCCAGCUCCAGGAACCAGGAGCUCAAAAGAAAGUACAAGUCCCAGCAUGACCAGAUGAUCUGCAAGUGCCUUUCUCUGAGCAUCUCCUAUGCCGCCACCAUCGGGGGUCUGACCACCAUCAUCGGCACCUCCACCAGCCUCAUCUUCUUGGAGCACUUCAACAACCAGUAUCCAGCUGCAGAAGUGGUCAACUUUGGCACCUGGUUCCUCUUCAGCUUCCCCAUCUCCCUCAUCAUGCUGGUGGUCAGCUGGUUUUGGAUGCACUGGCUGUUCCUGGGCUGCAAUUUUAAAGAGACCUGCUCUCUGAGUAAGAAGAAGAGGACCAAAAGGGAGGAGUUAUCAGAGAAGAGGAUCCAAGAGGAAUAUGAAAAGCUGGGAGCCAUUACCUACCCGGAAAUGGUGACUGGAUUCUUCUUCAUCCUGAUGACUGUGCUGUGGUUUACUCGGGAGCCUGGCUUUGUUCCUGGUUGGGAUUCCUUCUUUGAAAAGAAGGGCUAUCGCACCGAUGCCACGGUCUCUGUCUUCCUUGGCUUCCUCCUCUUCCUGAUUCCAGCGAAGAAGCCUUGCUUCGGGAAAAAGAGAGAUGGGGAGGACCGGGGGCCCUCGCUGGGCAUGGAGCCCAUCAUCACGUGGAAGGACUUCCAGAAGACCAUGCCCUGGGAGAUCGUAAUUCUGGUGGGAGGAGGCUACGCUCUGGCUUCUGGCAGCAAGACCUCUGGCCUCUCCUCGUGGAUCGGGCAGCAGAUGCUGUCUCUGAGCAGCCUUCCACCAUGGGCUGUCACCCUGCUGGCAUGCAUCCUGGUGUCCAUUGUCACAGAGUUUGUGAGCAACCCAGCCACCAUCACCAUCUUCCUGCCCAUCGUGUGCAGUCUGUCUGAGACGCUGCAAAUAAAUCCACUCUACACCCUGAUCCCAGUCACCAUGUGCAUCUCCUUUGCAGUGAUGCUGCCAGUGGGCAAUCCCCCCAACGCCAUCGUCUUCAGCUAUGGGCACUGCCAGAUUAAAGAUAUGGUGAAAGCUGGCCUGGGGGUCAAUGUCAUUGGCCUGGUGACAGUGAUGGUGGCCAUCAAUACCUGGGGAAUAAGCCUCUUCAACCUCAACACGUUUCCCGCCUGGGCCAAGGUCAGUAAUAUCACUGAUCAGGCCUGACCCCAGGAGCGACCAGCGCCCAGCAGGCUGAGAGGACCACCAGCAGCACAGGACCCCCUCAGAAGAUUCCUCCAUCUUCCACCUCCAGUGACGUGCGGAGAGCCUCCAAGCACAAUGCACAGGCCCGGAUGUGUCUUCCGCUCUGCCCUCCCUCCUCAGCGCGAGGAAACCUAAAACCCCUCUCCCUCCCUUGUAGCUUGUCUCUCCAACCAGCUCUUUCUGAAUGAAAGCCGGCAAGAGACAAAAGUCUGUCCUCGUUGCCCCUCAGAGGCCAAGCCUCACAAACUGACCAGUCUCACUGGGUUUGAUGUUAUUCUUAAGUUCUCAGUCCCGUUUAGGAAUAGAAGGAGAAAACCCAAAUCAUCCUUCCAAGUGCAGAGAGUGAAACCAGUGUCAUCUCCUCUUUGGGGGAAAAGUCUCACCCAGAACCUGAGACCUGACAUCGGCUUCUUUCUCCCAGGUGUUUCUCGCCCAAGUUCUCUCCACAAAAGGGUAGUUCUUAGUGAGGCCUCUUUGUGGCAAUCAGUACUCUUUUAUCACUCCUCUUUUUAGUGCCUCUCUUAAAUGGCUUCUCUAUACCCUGGCACCAAAUCCCUGCAAAGAAAUAGUGUCCCCUUCAGAAAGAAGCUGGUGCUGUUCUGUCAAAGGAAAAGGCAGCAGAGAAAGAAGACACGUUGGGAUCAGUCUCUCUCUCUCCACUCAGCACUAACCAUCAAUACCACCGUGCUGGUUAAGCGUUGGGAGGAAGGAAAAACCUUCACAGUUCAUACCUAUCUCACUAAGGAGGUGGAAACUGUGAUUAAGACCACAGCACUAUUGAUGAUAUGUUGAUGGGCUUUCUCCAGGAGGUAAUGAGUAGCUCGUCCCUAAGAAGACAGGCACAGAAAAGUCCAAACACAUCUGUCACUUUCUAAAAGCUGCUGAGCCCCUGGAGGGGAGGGGAGAUGUCUCAUGUCUCUUAAAGUCUCCAGCAACUUAUAUGAUACAGUAAACUGUGUGCGUGUCUGCUCAAUAAAUGUCUUCCUUGAAAUGACUCUACAAGUCCAGGCCUCC